UCAGCCCUGGGCAGAGUGACUGACACAACCCCAGCCUGAAACCUGUGGCAGAGCUGGUGCCAAGGGGAUGCAGCUCUUGUUCUGGUUUCAGAGCCCCUGCACUUCACUCAGCAGAGGAAGAGAGGAAGAACAAACUGAAUAAGUUACAAGGAAGGUCCUGGAGCCAGACUCUUGUGAAUUCCUCAUCCAGCGUUCAAGAUGAACCUUUGGAGAACAUUUCUGCUGAGUGCUGGGCUGGUAUUCUUGACAGGGACAGCCUCAGGAUCAUUUGUCAAGCCCCAGGAGGGCAGCAUUGCUGGAGGAACAUGGAUUACCAUCACUCUGGAUGGCUCAGCAUCCCACCAGGUAGAAUCAGUCUCUGCAGCCAGUGCAUCCCAGCUGGAGGUGUCCCUGGUCAAUCCUGACCUGCCCAGGCUGCCUUGUGAUGUCUCUCCUCUGCAUUUGGACUUGCCCACUAUAAGGUGCAGAACAAGGUCUUCACCCCAGGAGGGUUUGUACUAUGUGGAGGUGAUCUUUAAAGGACAUGUGAUUAACAACCUGACUGAGGUGGAGAAAGAGAACUAUUCCUUCAAGUUCUCAGCUGAGCAGACACCUGUGGUUUACCAAAUUAAUCCAUCCUCUGGCACCCCAGGAAAUUUAAUACAGAUUCAUGGGAAGACAAUUGCUGGGAGAUAUGAGACCCUGGACUUCAAUGUGGAUUAUAUUGAUGGGCCAGCUGUUCUUACAUCAGAGGAUGGAUGGACCAGUCUCUGCUCUUUUGUUGACAGGAGAGCUGGAAGCACUUACCCAAUUGAGGCAAAGGAUGGGCUGGGGACUCUGCAGUGCCGGGUGGAAGGGAACCACAUAGGAUCCCACAACGUCAGCUUCUCAGUGUUUAACAAAGGAAAGUCAGCAGUGCACAAAGAUGCCUGGCUCAUCAGUGCCAAACAGGAGCUUUUCCUGUAUCAGACUCAUCCAGAGAUAUUCUCCGUGGUCCCAGCUGCAGGGAGCCUGGCAGGGGGCACAGAUCUCACUGUCACUGGGGAUUUCUUUGAGGAGCCAGUGCAGGUCACUGCUGCAGGUGUUCCCUGUAAAGUCAAGUACGUCUCUCCCCAGGAAAUCAGAUGCACCACGGAGCCUCUUGGCAAGGGCAGGACACCUGGUGCCCCCCAGCCAGGAAACAGAGGGCUUCUCUUUGAAGUGUGGGAUGAUGCCUCUGAUCUGACAGAAGCAGGUCCUGGAUACAGAUGGCAGUUUGUACCUAAUGCCAGCUCCCCAGUAAGGUUUCUGUCUGGGGCAGAGAAGUCCUUCAGCUCCAGACUCCGUGGAUUUUUUGUGGCUCCUGAGACCAACAAUUACACCUUCUGGAUUCAGGCAGAUGGUCAGGCAUCUCUCUACUUAAGUUUGUCCCAAGAUCCGAAACAGAAGGUGAGAAUAGCUUCUCUCCCUGCUGGCAAUUCAGAGUGGGCUGACAACUGGGUGAACAACUGGAGUGAACUUUGGCAGCCAAAAUCCCAGAAAUUUGAGCUAACUGCUGGCUCCAGGUACUACCUGGAAGCACUGCACCAUGCCCAGACACCCAGCACGGGGAUGAGAGUUGGAGUGCAGAUACACAACACGUGGCUGGACCCCCGUGUGCUGAGCAGCUACCGCACCGAGAGGCACGAAAUUCGGGCUCGUGCCCUGCAUCUUCCAGAAGUGCAGAUGUUGACUGUGUCUGGUACAGGUUAUUUCAGUAUCUCCUGGAACAACACGCUGAGAAUGAUCCCCACAAAUGCUACAGCUCACCAGGUGCAGGCAGCAAUAGAAGAGCUCCUUUCAGUAGGAUGUGAAACUGAGCCAACUUCUGCUAAAAUCCUUUUUCACCAUGGUUUUGAGAAAGAAGAUAUGAAGAACAUCAUCACCACAGGACACAUUGUCAGUGGAACAGAGCCUUUCUGUGGGAGAUUCAGUGUCCACAGACCAAGCCAGCUGGUGAAAACUUCCCCAUCAACACUACCAAGAUAUGACCUUACUAAAUACUCACGUGUGUGUUUUGCACAUAAAGGCCAUUUGAGCAACAUCCUUCAUCUCUCAGUGUCCUACACCAAUGUGUCUUCAUGUCCAGUGAGGAGAAACCUCACCUGCCAGUGGGACUUCAAUGAAACUGACUCGAAGAGCUGGAGAUUUACCUGCACCAACCUCUGGAAGAAGUGUGUGAAUCUCUCUGUUCCUCUCCAGGACCUCCCAGCCAAUUCCCCAGUAUUUGUGGAUCAGAUAGACUUGCAGAGCCCUGUGCUGCAAAAGGAAACGCCUGGAUCAUUUUAUCUUGAUGAGCUCAUCAUUGCUGACAGAGCUGUGAUUGUUUCCCAGAGAGACCCCAAACCCCCCAGGCCAGGGGGGAGGAUAAUUGAAGCAGUGUCUGUGGAGGGGUCUCCUCCCACCUACAACGUGUCCUGGAGGAUUUCUGGCUGUGGGGCCAGUCUGCCCCUCCUCUCCCCAAGAGGUGCAGUGCUUGGGGAGGGCUCUCAGGAACAUGGACACCUGCAGGUUUCCACGGAGGAUGUGAGAGUCAGCCUCAGCAUCCAGAGGCUGCAGAAGUCAUCCCCACCUCUCGGAGGAACCUUCCACAUCCACUUGGGCAGCACAGUGAUACCAGAUGUUUCAGUGCACAUCUCGGGCCCCCAGCUCCGCAGGCUUCUGCAGGACAAUGUGGAUAAUUUUACAGCUCCCUUCUUCAACACCAGUGACUUCACUGUGACCAGAGACUCCAGCUCGUGCCAUGAAAGUGUCUGGACACUGACUUGGGAAAAAACAGCUGGGGACCUGCCCAAUGUUAUCAGUGUCUCUUCUGAAAACCUCACUGGCCUGAAGCCAAGUGUUUCUACUCGUGUGGUUUAUGAUGGGGGUGUGUUUAUUGGACCAAUCUUUGGGGACAUGCUUGCCACUCUCCAUAAUCAAACACAGGUGGUGGUGACGGUGAAUGAUGUCCUUGCAAACUGUUCUGGCUCUUGUUCUUUCCAGUUCAGCCAGGAAUUGACACCCAUAGUCAGAGAUGUGGAGUACUCAUCAGGUGACGGGCCCCAGGCCGCAGUGGCCCUCAGGGGAGCUGGCUUUGGUGAGCAGCAGCAGGUGUUGGUGGGCAGCAGGAGGUGCCGUGUCGCAGGUGCCAGCGGCAGCCAGGUGCUCUGCCGGGUGCCGCGGCUGCGCGCCGGGCUGCACGCCGUGACGCUGCGGGUGGCACCCCACGGCCUGGCCCUCGGUGGCACCGCGGCUCGAGGGAUCUUCCUCACAGUCCAGCCGGCCCUGGCUGCUGUAGAGCCUCCUUCCACUGCAGAGAUUGGAGGACUUAGAGUGACUCUCAGGGGGACCGGUCUGGAAGGGGUAAAUGCAGUGUUGUUUGGAUCCCAGCCUUGCCCAAUUUUGGAGGAGGGCAGAAACUCAACAAGAAUUCAGUGUAAAGUUCCUUCUCGGGGAACAGAGGAUGCUGCUGUUGACGUGACACUGAUUUCUGGGAACCAGUCAACAAGAGUGACCAACUUGUUCCAGUAUGAUCCUUCCUUAAACCCUGCACUUGUAUCCCUGAGCAGGAACAGAAGUGGCAUAGCAGGAGGUGAGGAGCUCCACAUUGGAAUAUCUCAUUUUGCCAGCUACCAGGGCUCAGAUGUCAAGGUCCAGAUUGGGGACUCGUGGCCACAGAUCCAGGCGCAGACAGAGCGUGGGGUUAAUGUGACACUUCCAGCCCUGCCUGCAGGAUGCUACAAUAUUUCUGUCCUCAUCAAUGGCAUUGCUGUGGCUCCAAACAGGGUUGAGCCGUUAAUCCAGUACCUCUCUGAGAUCUUCAGCAUCGAGCCCUGCUGUGGCUCUGUUCUGGGUGGAACACUGCUCACAAUUUCUGGAAUGGGCUUUAGCCAAAACCCUGCCCUGGUUUCUGUGUCAAUGGACAAUCAAACCUGUACAGUUACUCACCUGGAAGAAGAGACAAUUUGGUGCCUGACCCCUCCAGCUGUUAAUUUGUCCAAUGAAGAUCCACGUGACAUCUCUGUCAGAGUAAAUGUAGCCAUCAGCAGUGGGUCACUUCAACACGCUCUCUUUGCAAAUAGGACCACCACCUUUAACUACCAAAGAGCUUUGACUCCCCUCGUUACUGCUGUUGAAACAGAAGUCACAGAUGGCAGCCUGCUCUUGAGCAUUCAGGGGAUAAACAUCAGUGGGUCUCUGGCUAAGCUUGGACACAGUGAAUGUCAGCUUGAGUUUCAACAUGGCAACCAGUCUGCAAUGUCCUACCAGUGCUCUUUGCCAAUGAACAGCCUGGAACCUGGGACUGUCCCCAUCCAGGUCAUCCAGAGGCAGCUGGGAUACGCUCGCGUGGCAGCAAGGCAGCAGGCCCUCACAAUCACUCCACAGAUCACCUCCAUAUCCCCAUCACAAGGAUCCAUCUGUGGUGGGAUGUUGCUCACUAUAUCUGGUAUUGCUUUGAAAUCCAGGAGGAAUUUGGUAGAGGUCAGCCUGGAGAGUAAUUACUCCUGUGAGAUUCAGAAGUCUGAUAAUGACUCCAUCACUUGUGUUGUCCUUCCAGGGGCUCACCCUUUGCACCCUCAGUGGCUGGCUGUGGCAUCUCGGGCUCUCAGUGUCACAGUGGUAGUCAAUGGGGUCAGCAGUGUGUGCCUUGGGGACUGCACACUCCACCUUCAUGAGCACUGGACCCCCCUGGUCCAUCUGGUCACCUGGAGGACCAACGGCACCGCCACCUACGUGACAAUCAAAGGGCAGAGGCUGGCAUGGCAGGGUGGCAGCCCCGUGGUACACGUGGAUAACAGCACUGCCUGCACGGUGACCUUCUGGAACGAGACCAUCAUCAGCAACACCACCAUCACUGGCUCCGUGCUGCAGUGCACAGCUCCUCUGCUCCCUGUGGGAGAGUACCCUGUGCUGGGCCUGGAUAUUCCCAGGGGAUGGGCUUCCUCCAACCUGACAUUCACUUCUCACCUGGCAGUGACAGCUGCACGUCACAACUGGAGUGGCUUGAAAGGAGGGCAAGUUUACCUGCACGGAACUGGUUUUUCCCCAGGGAAGACUUUGGUCACAGUCUGUGGCACCAGCUGUGAAGUCCUGGGCAACAUGACAGUGACUGAGCUGAGCUGCCUUGCCCCACGCCUACGAGCCUCGUUGGCCAUUCUCUGUGGUCUGACUCAUUCUUCUGCCAGCUGCCAAGAGGACAGAGCCACCUUCAUUGGCUGUGACAUCCGAGUCAUGGUGGGCACCUCCCAGCAGAGAGGAGCUGUGCCCUACUUCUACGUCUGCGGGGACACCCGGCCCCAGGGACACUUUGCUGGACUCCUUGCCAGCCCUAAAGUGGAAAGAGAUGAAGUUCUCAUCUAUAAUAGCUCCUGUAACAUUACCAUGGAAACUGAGGCAGAGAUGGAGUGUGAGGGAGCUAAUCAGCCAAUUACUGCCAAGAUUACUGAGAUAUGGAAAAACUGGGGCCAGAACACUCAGCUCGCCCUCCAGCUGUGCGGCCGGUGGGAGGAGGACUCCAGCUGGGCUGCUGGCCACCCGCCGCGAGAUGGCGACAAUGUCACGAUAGAAGGCGGCCGGACGCUGCUGCUGGGGACCGCCACGAGCAUCCUCCACCUGCUGCAGCUCAAAGGUGGCAAACUCCUGUUUACUGGACCAGGACCUGUAGAACUGCAUGCUCAUUACAUCCUGGUGUCUGAUGGAGGAGAGCUCCAGGUGGGAUCCCCUGAGGCUCCUUUCCAGCACAAAGCACACAUCUAUCUCUAUGGGAGUCUCCAUUCUCCACCAUUAUUUCCAUAUGGAGUCAAAUUCCUGGCAGUGAGGAAUGGGACCCUUUCCAUUCAUGGCUGGAUGCCCAAAGUCGUUUUCACACACUUGAAAUCAUCAGCUAAUGCUGGUGACACACGAUUAGUGCUCCAGGAAUCUGUUGAUUGGCAACCUGGUGAUGAAAUCCUGGUGGGAAGUUCAGGCCUUGGAGAUGCACAGCAGCAGGAGGAAGUGGCUUUUAUCCAGUCCCUGAGCAACACAGAGCUGCACCUUAGAUCACCACUCAGGUACCCCCACAGUGCUGGAGAGGGAUGGGGCAAUGGCCAAGGCCUGCCUUCGAGGGCUGUGGUGGCACUGAUCAGCAGAAGGGUUGUUGUUCAAGGAAAUGUCACACUGGAGAGGAUGUCCCACCUCAGGCAGUGUGCAGAUGCAGGUGGCUCUGGGUGUUUGUACAAGAGAAGUGAGAGGCAGCUGGGCUCUCGGGACCUGGGAGCCAUCCUGGUGGUGGAGGCAUUCCAGGGGCAGGCGAGUCGGCUCCGGCUGGAGGGGGUCCAGUUCCGCCACGUGGGCCAAGCGUUCCGGCACCACCGCAGUGCCCUGACUGCUGCUGGCAACACCUGGCUGCCAGACUCUUACAUCCAUGGUUGUUGUGUUCUGGACUCCUUUGGCCAAGGCCUCCAUCUGACCGGGAUCUCCAACCUCAGUGUGGACAGGAAUGUUUUCUACAACAUAUCAGGCCAUGGGAUUCUCUUGGGUAAGGGACUGGAAGAGGAGAACAAAAUCAGUAACAACAUAGUGAUUGGCCUGUCUGUAACUGAUGGUUUUUCCAAUAUUGAGACACUGUCACCAGCAGGGAUCUACGUCAGGGCUCCUGCCAGCCACAUCAGGGGUAACACAGUGUGGGGUGCUGGGUAUGGCUAUUUCUUUCAUCUCUCCCCUGAGGGCCCAUCCAAAGUGCCUCUCCUGUCCUUCAGUGAGAACACAGCUCACUCCUGCACAAGGCAGGGGUUGCUGGUGUACCCAGAGUAUUUGCCAGACAGUCGUGUUCAGUUCAACAACUUCACAGCCUGGAGCUGCCAUGGGGGAGCACAGAUUUUCAGUAGCAGGAACCUUGAACUCCAGCAUUUCUGGAUUUCUGCCUGCAAAGACUUUGGCAUUGACAUCGUGGAAAGCCUGGGGAACAUCUCUGUGUCUGACAGUGUUUUAAAUGGACACCUUGGGCAAAAGGAUAGCACCUGUAUGUCUGCAGGACUGAAAACUCCCAAAAGAUACCAGCUCCUCAUCUCCAACACAGCUUUCAGGAACUUUGAUGUGAACACUUGCACAGCAAUCAGGACUUGUUCUGGCUGUUACCCAGGGCAGGGUGGGUUUACAGUGACAGCUGAACAUCUGACCUUCACCAAUUCCCCUUUCCAAGUGUCCUUCCCCUUUCCUCACUCUGCCAUCCUUGAGGACCUUGAUGGCUCCACCACGGGACAGAGGGGCAGUCACGUCCUGCCUUCCACAGAUAUCCUGCCAGCACCUUGCACAGCCAGUGCCAACUUCAGCCAAGCUUCUGGUGGCAGUGUCUGUGACAGUGACCUUGUUUUCCACCGAAUGGAUCUUCAUUUAAAAGAGGCUCCAGACAUUCCCUAUAAUUUAACUGUGACUGACAGUAGGAAUAAGACUAACACAGUCAAUUAUGUCCCUGAUACUUUAUCAAACCUGUAUGGCUGGAUGGUUCUUCUCUUGGAUAAAGAGACUUACACGUUGACAUUUGACAGCCCUUUGGUCAGCAAACAGCUCCAGUACUCAGUGACAUUUAGCAACUUCAAGGCUGGGAAUUACCUGCUGGUGGAGCACAAGGAUCUUCCUGCCCAUCUUGAGGCCGUGGUGUCCUGUGGGACAAGGAGGGGACAGCCACUCCAAUUGCUGCCUUCAUAUGGACACCACAGGGGCUGUGAUUGGCACCUGGACAGCAAACUGGGCAAGUUCACCUAUCUGGUCACAGGAGCUGACUUAAUUCAGGUCACACUGAAAGAGAAGGAAACAGUGGCUUUACCUACCCCAGCUCCUUCUUGUGCUGUGAUGAAAUGGUCACUGGCAGAGACGUGGAAUGGUGUGGGGAAAGGCUGGGGUGGAUCCAGUGGCAGCAUCCCAGGCCCUGGGGAAGAUGUCAUCAUCUUGCCAAACAGGACCAUCCUGGUGGAUGUGGCUCUUCCCCCCUUGAGAGGACUCUACAUUCUGGGCACCCUCGAGUUCCCCAGCAGCUCCAGCAACGCCCUGAGUGCAGCCUGUGUCCUGGUGCUGGGGGGUGUGCUGAGAGUGGGUUCUUCAGAACAUCCCCUAGAAAGGGAUUUAAAGCUGCUCUUCCUUCUUCGGGCAUCUGAAGGGAUUUACUGUGAUCGUCUGGAGGACAUAAAUGUCCACCCAGGGAGUAUUGGAGUUUAUGGACAGGUGCAAAUUUAUAGUGCUUAUCCUAAGAUGCCUUGGACACAUCUGGGAACUGAUGUUGCUCCUGGCAAUGAAAGGAUUUUGGUGGAGGAUGAAGUAGAUUGGGAUCAAGGUGGAGAUGCUGUGAUCAGCUCUUCCUCCUAUGAAGCCCACCAAGCUGAAGUAGUUACACUUAAAGAAGUCCAUGGUCAUAAUAUAAGAAUUCAUGAACAUCUUCUGCACAGGCACAUUGGGCGUCCCCACGACACAGAGAAUGGCAGAAAGAUCCCUUUGGCUGCAGAGGUUGGGCUCCUCACACGGAACGUGCGGAUCCAGUCAGACGUGGCUUGUGCUGGGAGGAUGCUGGUGGGACACUUCACAGACUCCAGCGGGAAGGAGUUUGAAGGUUCUCUUCAGCUCUUAAAUGUUCAGUUUUUGAACUUUGGGCCUCCUCAGCUUUCUGCCAUCGAAUUCAGGAACGUGUCCCAGGAGUGCUCAGUGGUGUCAUCCAGCAUUAGUGGCAGCUGUGGAGCUGGCAUUAAAGCAGCUGAGAGCAGCAGGAUCUUGCUGGACAAUAACGUGGUGUUCAACACCACUGGGCCUGGCAUUGAUGUGGAAGGGAAAAAUCACUCUCUCAUCAGGAACCUCGUCAUUCUGAGCAGGCAGCCAGCAGGUUCAUUAAACUGGGUUGCCAGCAUCAAGGUGAACCUGGCCACCGGUGUCUCCCUUCGUGGCAAUGCUGUGGCAGGAUCUGAGAGAAUUGGCUUCCACGUCAGGGGCCAGGAGUGUUCACUAGAUGGGGAAUGUUGCAGUGGGAACGUGGCCCAUUCCAGCCUCCAUGGCGUUCACCUGUACCAGGAAGAUGGAUUUCAGGCCUGCACUAGAAUCACAGGUUUUCUGUCCUAUAAGAAUUAUGACUAUGGUCUCAUGCUCCACCUCGGGGGCAGCAUUAUUGUGGAAAACGUGCUGCUGGUGGACAACACCGUGGGGCUCCUGGCUGUGGUGCACUGUGCCUAUGCUGAGCAAUGCUACGUGGGGAAAAGCUUCAUAGAACUUAAAAACUCCGUCCUUGUCGCAACAAGCUCGACUUUUGAUUGCCUCAGAGACAGGAUCAAGCCUCUCUCAGCUGAUCCAACAGCCCAGGACCGGCCCCCACGCUUCCCCCUAAGAGGCCGUGUUGGGAUUUUAUGGCCCACGUUCACCACUGCUCCCAGCCAAAGGCCAGGGGAUCCCUGGCACAAACCUGGGCAUUGUCCAAAAGCCCUGGGAAUCAUGAAGCUCAAAGAAGUCACCUUUGCUGGUUUUACAAAGAGCUGUUACAGUGAAGACAGGGAUGUCUGUAUCAUGUCAAGUUCUGAUCAUUUAGGCAUCAUGCCUCUCAUCACAGCAGAGACAUCAAGGUUGUUACAUGUCAGUGAGAAGGACAUGUUCUACUUUCAUCCAACAAGUGUACAAACCUCUGAAGGUGCCAUGCUGCCUGAAAAGAGAUGCAAAGGCUCAAGGAAAGCCCUUUUCAAGGAUUUGGAUGGAGGUGUCCUUCAUCUGGAACCACCUGUCUCUGUUUUCCCCAAGUCAGAAUUUGAAUGGACAGAGUUCUUCUCACAAGCUGGAAUUUACAGAGAUGACAGCAAAUGCCUCUUCAAGCCCUCAGUACAAGGCUACUUCUGCAAACAGACAGAUCAUGCACUUGUCAUCUUAGAAAACUUGGACUCCGGUGUGGAGAGCCAGAGACUGUUCCCAGUGGUCACAGUGACUGGCAGCUUUAUGGACACCUUCACUGAUGAGACCUCACAUUCUCUGUGUUACCCUGCAGAGCAUCGUUCUACUUUCUCCUCUGUUCUGCCCUCCACCAAACUCACCACGGUUUGCUUCCCAGACCUGGCACCUCUGGCUUUCAGACUCUACCUCCUUGGUGGCCAAAACACAACCAGGCUGCCCCUGGCCAUAUUCUUCACUGAACCCCUCAGCCUUCGUGUUUUUGUCCAAGGGAAUUACGUCUCUCCCACCCCUUCUUCUUUUUCACUGAACGCAGGGGCAGGAGCCAAUUACUUCAGCUUUGAGGACAACCUCCUCUAUGUUCUCCUCCAUGAGCAGGAACCUGUGGAAGUAGUUGCUGGCCUUUCCCUUCUUGUGGCUUUCACUGUAACUGAGGCUGUUGGGCAAGAGGGUGAGGCAACCAUGAUACAUCGAUUGGCUGAUUUCCUGAAGGUUGGUCAUGACCAAGUCAGAGUCGUCCACAAUGUGCUGGGAGGUGAAAGCACUUUGAAGGUAAUCUCAGCCAAUGCCAGCAAAAAGAGAUAUCGCUGCCCUAACAUGGCAUUUUGCACAGCCUUUCAGAGCAGAUACAGCCCACAGGAAGAGGGGACACAACCAGGGAGCACCCGGGCUCUGCAUCCACCUGAUGGGGCUGGUCCAUCAAGAGUGCUGAUCAUUGAGCUCGGUGAUCUGCCAGGUCAUCCAAGAAAUGAGUUCACAAGUGACAGCCUAAAGAGUUUGGCCAGAACCAUUAUCAACACUCAUCAGACUGGAGACCUUCAGAGUGGCCUGGGCUUGCCAGUUGACACCUUAAUGGUGAUUCAGUCUGCUUUGCUGUCCCCAGGAGAAGGUAACAGUAGAAAUGGAAGCAGGCAACAUUCAGAAACGUGCUUAUACAGGAGACCCUACAGCAUCUCUGUUCAGGUGCAGCCCUCAGACGGAGAAAUCGAGAAGCAGCUUCCUGUGCAGCCAAAAAUAAUUUUCCUGGACAGAAAGGGUGACAGAAUUGACAAACUGGGGCCUCCUGCAGAACCCUGGGUUGUAUCAGCUCAUCUCAAGGACUCCUCUGAGGCUGUGCUGAAAGGGCUCACCCAAGUGCAGGUCAUAGAGGGAUGUGCAAGCUUUUCCAAUCUGGCUGUCUCCAGCUCAGGAACAAACUGGAGACUUGUGUUCACUGUCACAUCACCUCCAGGGGCAAAGCUCACUGUGCUGUCCAAGCCAUUUGCCACCUUCCCUGUGCCCACGAGAGCCAGGGCCAGCAUGAUCCUCGUUGUCAUACUGGGCUCAGCAGCAUCUGCAUUCAGCAUUGCUCUUUCAUUCUGCUGGUUCAGGAAGAGCAAAAGCCACAAAACGAGGACUGAACGGCCUCAUCUGCCACGGGACAGCACCAAGAGACCCAGUGAACAAGCACAGCCUCCUGCAGCUCCCACCAAGCCUUGCUACCACCAAGGACCAAAUAAAAGUGGAGUGUCAGUAGCAGGAGAUAUGGGAGGAAGUGGAGCAGUGGGAGCUGCCACAGGGUGUGCAGAGGAGCUGAACCUGCAGCCUCAUGAAGCCAAGUCAGCAAGAAAGCCAAGCACUGUCCAGUCCAAGGCAGGUGACAGACACACCUUUCCCUCAGCCAGGGACAGUGACAGUCACCACAGAGGAAGAUCUGGUGACUCUGUGGAGCUCCAGCAGCCAGCAGUGCCAGGCUGCUCCAGCCAGGAGGAACCUGCAGCUGGGUACAGCCAAGAAAGAGAGAAGCCUGGCAGGAUGCCCCAGCACCAGAAUGAUGUCAGAGAGUGCAUUGCCAUGGUGGCAGCAGAGGGGUAAAGCAGUGAUGGGAGGGGGGAACCACUGCAGUCACUCUGGGGCUGAGCCUUUGGUCAGAGAAAACCAAGCAAGGGCAGAGAAACCAGAGAAAACCAAGCAGGUUUUGGGAUGGGGAACCAUGUGGCCACAUGGGCAAGUGGGCCAGCAGCCAACUGCGAGGCUCUUUGAUGCUGACCUUCCUCGGCUUCCAAAAGGGGGUGGGUGCAUCCAAACUGCCCUUUGAGAGCAGUUCUGGCUCCUCCAAACCCUCUCCAGGAGUUGUUUUGGGGAGUGCUCAGUGGGUCAGCUUUGAGAUUGCAUUCAAAAGCAGUCAGGGAUCAGCAGGGUUUCUGACACUACAGUGUCCUAGCAUGGAUGUAGUCUUAGUGUCUUGAGCAUUCCUGGUGAAUAUGCAUACAUGUAAAUAUAAGAAAUUUUCCCUUUUCUUCCAGCCAUGCUUUUAGUUUUAUUCAAAGAACUGCAGUAUG